UUCGGUCAGGUUUGUCCCAACAUGUGGCGUCUGCUGCUGGCGAUGAACUCCUUGUGGCGGUUGUCCGGGUGCGAGGGGCCUACCGUGGCGGAAGUGCUUCACUUCUACGAGCUGGUGUACGUGAAGCGCCAGGGUUGCAGAGGGCAAGUGAACCUGAGCCGCCGUCAGGGAGCACCGAAGCUGAUAGAAAACCUAAGGGAUUCAAUGUCCUAUUGGCGGGGGACCUUCUGUGUCGCCACGGAGGGAUGGGAGUACCAGGCUGGAGCGAACGAAGAAGGGCCGACGUUUAGGAUUAAGUCGGAAUUCCAACCUAUCCGAGGUUGGUGACCAUUUUCCGCUGGCGGUAGCCGGCGGGGUUUUUAUCUUGAAGGCUUUGUAUUCUUACUAAUCCACUUGUGUUUGUGCAGCGGGACUGCGGUACAACCUAACGCGGGAGGAGGAGUGUCGCAUUGCUCGUAUCAGAGGCUGCUGGCGGAACCGUAACCUGCUGGACUUUAGACUUCUGACUGGCUGGGAGUUGCUAGUCGACCAGAAACUUACUCGCUCCGUUGAAACUCCGCCAGGAAAUAAGUCGAGCCGCGACGCCUUCGAAAAAGCAAUGGACAGCGCCGAGGUGGACAAUUAUCUGGAGACCAUGUACGCCGAGGGGCUGGCGGCCCAACAGACGCUGGUGAACCCCGAGACACUGGCGCUGAGCCAGUCGGAGGUUCCGGUAGUGCUGCCAAUGCCGCACCACUCCCAUCUUGGUGAGGAUGGCCUGCCGGUAGUGCAGGCGGGGGUCCCAGUGGCUGGCGGGAAGAAGGGAGGCGCUGCGGCUGGGCAGCAGAAAGAUCGGAUGCCCGCCAACAGGCGUGGCCCCCAAAAGGAAAAGGUGGUGCCGCCGGCGGAUACUGUCAUUGCAGCAAGGGAGGAACCACCGGUGAGGGUGACGAAGACUGCCGCCGGGAACCAGAGGGCGCCGGAGAGAAAACGUCGGCAGGCCGACUCCCCUGACGAGGAAGAGGGGGAGGACGUGGAGGUGAUCGGCUCGCGCCGACAGAAGAGGGCCCGAGGAGCUCCGUCGAAGACUGUUGUGGGGGAGGGAGAAGAGCCCGUCGCCAGCGAGCUAGACUCGUUUGCCGAGUACGCACCGUUCAUGACAGAUGGGGAGCGGGAAUUUCUCUUCCACCUAUGCGAACGGCUAGGGUUCGGCGGCCUAGCGGGUAUCUCACGCCCGACAGCAAUUGACCAAUCGCCCUUCAACCUGGCGUUUGGGAAAAUAUAUGCGGGACUGCACGACAUAGAUGAUGGACCGUUGGCUUCAAUGGUUGGCUCUUACCAAAAUACCAACGAUGGUGUGGUUGUGGUUGUAGAGUUAUGUCUCGCAAGUGAAGAGUCAGUGAGAAUUGUUGAGCAAUAUAUUAUGAGAGGCUAA